AUGUCGAAUAUUCCUUCAUAUGACAUCUUUGUUGACAUAUUGCUUCAGUUGAAGUUAAUAGAACAUCUUAUCAAACAUGUUCCCAUAAGGAUUAGUGGUAGUUCUAUCUCUAUGAGGAGUUCUGAGGAUGAUGGAAAUGAAUAUAGGGGUCCUUGGGAUGCUGAGGUCUUGGAGGAGCUCGUGGAGGAAGACGGGGACACUAACUCAUUUAUGCUUGAUAUUAGGAAAGUCGGUCGUGGUUUCACUUUCUCUGAAGUGCCUAUGGCAUUUGAAGAGCAUGGAGAAAUUGAGGAAGCGUAUGUGGUUCGUCAUAGAGACACAAGAAUAUCCAAGAACUAUGGAUUUGUCACUUAUAAAGAUGUUAAAUCAGUUCAAGAUGCGUUGAUUCGACCUAGGAAAGUUAUUGAUGGAUCAAUGGCUGUAUGUGAUGUAGCUGAUGGGAGCCACGGGAAAACUAAUACUAGUAGUGAUCCUGAUUUACCCCUCGGGAGGAAGCUUUAUAUUGGAAAUUUAGCAGCAGGAGUAACAACCGAAAAUCUGCGCAGCGAUUUUCAGAUGCAUGGUGAAAUAGUAGAAGCAGUUGCAAUGAAAACAGCUAGAUUUGGAUUCGUUACAUACAUGACAGCAGAGGCUGCAAAGAAGGCCAUAGAUUACAACACUCUUCAUCCAACAUUUGCUGAAGGAAGAAAAAGGAUUGUGAAAUAUGCUAAUCCUCCGAGGGGUCGGCGAGUUUCACGUAGGAAUCCAAAUCCAGAAUACCAGCAGUUUGAAGAUGAUUAUGUUGAUUCUCAUUCUGCUUAUGAAACAUAUGGUGUUUCCUAUCCUCGUCUUUCUGCAAUGACAGACCAAUUUGGGACCCGUUAUUACUAUGACUAUUCCUAUCCCUACCAGUGA